AUUCUCGCAAUAAUGAAGGUUGCAGUAAAUUUAAUAGUUCAAUCUGGGACUCCUAAAAGUCCACGCAUAUCCAUAAUUUUCAACGUUUUCUUAUACGACGUCAAUUAAGGUUUACUCAACGAUACGAUAUCUACAUUUUUGAAAAAGAAUUUAAUGAACGAGUCGUUAAAAUAUAUUCAAGUGUCGCUUCGCCUCUCCCGCCUCACAUUAGCAAGGACCUUUUCAUUUAAAGCACGAACACGAGCUUAUAAAAAACACCGGCAAAACUGGAAUCGCCUCGACGGAAAAGAAGAUACAGCGGCUUAUAAAUAGAGAGUCAAUCCGUAUCAGCGCACAGUCGAUCUCUUGUUUGCGCGAUAGUUACAGCACCGUCGACCGACAUCAUGAGGACUAAGUUUUCGCUAUUUUGCCUGUUUGUGGCGUUGUGCGCGACGUUAGCACACGCAAAAUUAAACGAUUGGAAUUUCCAGGCUGUCAGCGUUCGCAGUCACAUUUUCGAAUCGCUGCGUCCAAAAGGAAAUCCUGAGGUCAUCAAAGAAUGUGGAAGCGUCGUGACGAAACCUUACGGCCAGCUCGAGCAGGUCUACAAACGCGGUCAAGUAGCUGCGGACGCCACCUGCACUUGGAAACUCCGCGCACCGGCGAACCAUCGUAUCAAUAUCAUCUCGGUGGGUUUUGAUCUUUUGGAUGCCCAUACCGAUACACCCAGCGACUACGACUCGGCCAAGACCAGCGGAAUCUUCUUGUACAAUUCCGAGGAGGCCGGAAAAGGCCUCAUGACCAUGUUCUAUACUAGUCCCAAAGAACACGGAUCAUCGAGCUUCGUCAACAGCAUUUCUUCUCAAGAAAACAUGGUUGUGGAGGUCAAGUAUCACGACAACAUAGACUACGACACCCAGAACAUCAAAAUCAAGUACGAAUUCCUUCCAGUUGACAAGAUGCAAGAGCUUCUCAAUAAAUAUCACUAGAUAAUAGUUGUUAAAUUUUGUGAUAUGUAAAAUAAUACUCGUUCGAAUAAAUAAUUGAUUGGAUCGCUA